UCAUUAUUCAUUGCUGCAAUCAUGAGUCCUUACACAAAUGAUGUGUUUCUUCUGCUUUUCUUGUUCUUUCAUUCCUCACAACUCUGUCUCUCCACAAAGUCUACCCCUCCUUGCCAUGAACGAGAGCGACAAGCUCUUUUGAAAUUUAGAUCAAGUUUCUUCAACACCUCUGAUGGACCACUUGGUUCUUGGGAGGGACUUAAUUGCUGUCACUGGAAAGGUGUUGGUUGUGAUUUUAUUUCAGGACAUGUUAUCAAGCUUGAUCUUGGGCGACCAUGCUCUUUUGCUUUCUGCAACUAUGCAUUAGUAGCGAAAGCUGUGGACCCUUCAUUGUUGGAGUUGGAACAUUUGAAUUACUUGGACUUGAGUGGAAACUAUUUUCAUUCAAGUCAUAUACCAGAGUUCCUUGGUUCCAUGAAGCAGUUGAGAUACCUCAACCUCUCUUAUUCUUUCAUUAGUGGCAUGAUUCCCCAUCAUGUUGGCAACCUUUCAAACCUUCAAGUUCUUGAUCUUUCUCAUCAAGGGGCUGAUCUUUCACAUCAAUGGGCAGAUUUAUAUGCUGAUGACAUGGCUUGGGUUUCAAAACUCUCAUCAUUGAGACACAUAGCAAUGACUAAAGUGUCCCUUAAGAAGGCACACAAUUUGUUUCAGGAAAGAUUCCAAGCAAGAUAGCAAACAUGAAGUCAUUGGAAUCCAUUGAUCUAUCAAGCAACCAACUUUUUGGUCCUAUUCCCAGCAACAUGUCCUCCAUGACUUCAUUGAGUUUUUUAAGUUUAUCAAACAAUAAUUUUUCAGGACCUAUUCCUAAAGGGGCUGAAUUCUCUACCUUUGGUCCAUCUUCUUAUAUUGGCAAUCCAUAUCUUUGCGGAGAUCUUCUUCAAAAAGCAUGUCCUGAGAUUGGGAUGACCCACCUUAGCUUUCAUGAAGAGGAUGAUGAUAAAGGAAAAGAAAAGGUGUUAUUUUACUUUGUGAUAGCAUUGGGAUUCAUCACAGGAUUCUGGGUAGUUAUUGGAUUUUUAUUGCUCAACAAAAACUGGAGACAUGCUUGCUUCAGACAUGUGGAUAACUUUGUUGACUUCAUGUAUGUGGAAAUUCAUAUCAGGAAAGCAAGAUUCAAGAACAAGUGCAUGAACCCGGUUGUUCAUUGACAACUUCUUUUGUCAGUUACGUGUAAGGUCCACAUUGUGUGUUCCCACAAGCCUUUUAUUCUUGAUGGUCCAAUGUUAUUGAUUGUCUUGCCAAGGAUGAUCUAUGUUGUUGUUCAUGGUUAUCUCUUGUUUCAUGUAGUUGGUGUAUGGAAUUAUGAAUAAUAUACAACUUCCAUUGUGAAUUUGAGAGUA